CACGGCGUCGAGCCCAAGCAUGACGUGAAUGCGCCUCGCCACCACUCCAGCACCGGUUCUCUUGCAUCGCAUGGUAGUGGCCUGGAGCUGUCGUCGACAAUGACGGAGAAGGACGCUGCGUUUCGCAUCAGCUCCGGCACCAGCGCCAGCAACAGCAGCACCCGCUCCUCCAUCACGGCCAAGCCCUCGACCCCGACCGCGGCUUCAACCGAUGCUGCUUUGCGCAACGGCGCCGGCGCCGGAUCCAGUGCUGGUGCUGGCGCAAACGCAAACGCAAACGCAAACGCAAACGCAGGUCAAGAUGCAGGUACCGACAUAGGCGCAGGCGUAGGAAUGGGAAUAGGCAUCGGCAUCGGCCCAGGCCAGCUCGACACGGACUCUCCCACACCUCAUCAUCACAAGAGCCUCUCACGAGAUGACGACCUCCAGAUCUCGCCCACCUCGACCGGCACCACUCGCGGCGCCGCCAUGACGCCCUCGUCGUCCAGAGAGGGAGGCCGGCGCCUGAGCGACCUCACCAACUACCGCCGCGACCUAGCCGUGCUCGAUCCGCCGCGAGGCCACCCAAACCCCAAUUAUCCUCCGAGCCUCGUCGACGAGUCUGCCGACAACAUGUCCAUCUUCUCGCAGUUCUCCCCCGGGCUGCACGGCAUGGGAUCUCGCACCGGCGCCAGCUCGUCGCUGGGUCUGCAAGACUCUCCCGAGCAGCUCUACUACACAGACGGCCGACGGCCAUCUGCUGCUAGUGUCACCACGACGGCUAGCAGUACUGGCUCCAAGGCUAGCGGUCCCCGUGGCGGCCUUCGCAAACUGCAGGGCUUCUUUGGCGAGGAGUUUCCUGGGCGCGACAGCUCCGAGAGCAGCCUCCCAAACUCAUAUAUGGGCAAGGACCAGCGAUCGCGCUCCUACAGUCACACUCGCCCAACGCACCGCGAUCGCAACUACUCUAAUGCCACCGAUCAUACCAGGGAUGCCUCGCCUGCUUCGUCACGGCCCAGGACCCCAGUUCCGGCCCCUGAAGUAGUGCCCUUUUUGUAUCAGGAUAACAAUGACAUUGCGCGAUAUGGAGAGGCACCAGUCAGAGACAUCAUGACGGGCCCCGAUCGGGAACGAUACAUGUCGGAUGGCGCGCCUCAGGUGCCGCCCAAGUCGUCGUCGUCGUCGCGCCCCGGCAUCGUCCACCUCCCCGGCCACCAUCACCGCCAUAACAAGAGCAUCGAUGAUCCCAGGAGCCUGCGGCCGACCACCACCCGCGAAGACUCCACGAGCAGUUCCUAUCCGCGCGACCGAGGGGGCAUGGCCGGCACGCUCUUCAGCAGCUCGCGCUCCAGAGCCCAGAGCCCGACGCCGAGCGCCGAGGGACACGCUUCCCCUGGCCACCAUGGCAAGCUUGGCUUCAUCGGCCGCCUGCGACGGCAGCACAAGGACAAGGACGAUGGCGCCACCGGCGGCUCCAAGUUGAAGGAUCUUCCUCAGUCUACCAGGUCUUUGCAGGCAAAGUCUUCCAAGACAGACUUGACGCGCCCCGAGCUGUCACCAUCCGCCUUCCCUUCCACCUUCGUCCUGGGCUCUGGAGACGUGUCCGAUGCCUCGGAAACCCGGUCGCUGACGGCGCCUCGCGCGACCUUCAAGAACACCUUUCCAUUUUCCAAGAAACAGCGACCCCCUCGACCCAACGACUGCGACGACACCAUCGGGCCGACCGACCGCGCGGAAUCUGGCCACAUCCACCAUCUCGACACCAACUUGAACGAUAUGGAAGGUAUUCUGGCCAAGCCACCCCCAUUGACCCCCAUGGACACGUCCUUCGUGAAUAACAUCGACCCUGACCCCGUGGAUUCGGCAGUUUCACCGCCGAAGGGAGGAAGCUGGGAUGCCCCUGAUAGCUGGGCCGUCCGCCGAGGCACCGAGGACACCACGAUACAGCAGCCCGAGGUGGAAGAGCUCACGAGCCCCCCACGGCCCGAGGAGAAGCUGACGCCCUACUUCAUUCGCAUCUUUCGAUCGGACGGGACCUUUUCGACACACUCCAUGUCUCUGGAUGCCACAGUUGCCGAGGUCAUAUCCCAAGUGAUUAAGAAGACAUAUGUUGUUGAUGGCCUCGAAAACUACCACAUCAUCAUGAAGAAGCACGAUCUCAUCCGCGUCCUGACGCCAGGCGAGCGGCCGCUACUCAUACAAAAACGCCUCUUGCAGCAGGUCGGCUACGAGGAAAAGGACAGGAUAGAGGAUCUGGGUCGGGAGGACAACGGCUACCUGUGCCGUUUCAUGUUCCUGUCUGCUCGGGAGAGCGACUUCCACUCAAAGACUGCGGACCUGGGCAUCAAGGCCACGCAAAAGGUCAACUACGUCGACCUUUCCGGUCGCAAUCUCGUCACCAUCCCCAUCUCUCUCUACCUCAAGGCUAACGAUAUCAUUUCCCUGAAUCUUUCCCGUAACCUGUCUCUGGAUGUGCCCAGGGACUUUAUCCAAUCCUGCAAGAACCUCCGAGAUAUCAAGUUUAAUAACAAUGAAGCAAGAAAACUGCCCCUCAGCCUUGGCCGGGCCGCGAGGCUGACAUAUCUGGACGCCGCGAACAAUCGACUAGAACAGCUGGACAACGCCGAACUAAACGCGCUGACGGGGCUGCUGAGAAUGAAUCUUGCUAACAACCGAUUGACGCACCUGCCUCCUUACUUUGGCGCAUACCAAGCACUCAGGAGCUUGAACAUCUCCUCCAACUUCUUGGAAACGUUCCCGCCCUUCUUAUGCGACCUGCGCAGCCUGGUCGAUUUGGAUCUCAGCUUCAAUUCCAUCGCCGAGCUGCCGGAGGAGAUUGGCCAGCUCAAGAGCCUGGAGAAGUUGCUCAUCACCAACAACCAUCUCAGCGGAGGCGUCCCACACAAUUUCCGUGGCCUCAUUAGCUUGCGCGAGCUCGACAUCAAGUACAACUACAUCACCAACAUCGACGUUAUAUCAGAACUGCCCAAGCUGGAGAUCUUGUACGCCGCUCACAACCACAUCUCGGCCUUUGUCGGCAAGUUUGAGCGCAUUCGACAACUCAAGCUGAACUCGAAUCCGCUCAACAAGUUCGAAAUCCUGGAGCCGCUCCCGACCCUCAAGACGCUCAACCUUUCGCAAGGUCAGCUGGCGAGUAUCGACUCCGCAUUCUCCAACAUGCCAAACCUGGAACGCCUCAUCCUCGACAAGAACCAUUUCGUCUCGCUGCCGCCCCAGAUCGGCAUGCUGAGCCGUCUAGAACAUUUCAGCAUCGCGCACAACUCGGUUGGCGAACUACCGCCCCAGAUUGGCUGCCUGACGGAGCUGAGGGUCCUCGAUGUCCGAGACAACAACAUUUCCAAGCUGCCCAUGGAGAUUUGGUGGGCCAAUAAGCUGGAGACUUUCAAUGCCUCUUCCAACAUGCUGGAAAGUUUCCCCAAGGCUGCGUCAAGGGCCCCAAGGCUGCCCGGCGAGGAGCAGGGUCCUCCCUCGACCAAUGGCAAGUCGGCUCCAUUGGGCACGCUUUCUACCUCCGGCAGCUCUGACGAAUUGGGAGAGGAGCGACGGCCCAGCCAGGCAUCUAGCACCACUUUGCUGAGCGUGGGCCCAUCGCCCAAUAUACCCGGAGCUGACCGAAAGAGUUCAGUCGUAUCCGUCUAUGGAAAGGGCGGACGUAAGACGUCUGUCAUGUCUAGAGGAACCUCACAGUCGCAGAACACGGUCUCCACUUCGACUCAGUCAUUGAGGAAGGACUCGGGCUUGUCGUCGAGAUUGACCAACACAUUUGCUGGAUCGUUGCGGAAUCUCUACCUUGCGGACAACCGACUCGAUGAUGACGUGUUUGACCAGAUCACUCUUCUUGCCGAGCUCCGGGUUCUCAAUCUGUCGUACAACUGGGAAAUCAGCGAUAUGCCCCAGAGAUCAAUGAAGAGCUGGCCGCAGCUGGUGGAGCUGUAUCUCUCCGGAAACGUCUUGACCAGCCUCCCGGCAGAUGACUUGGAAGAAACCAGUCUUCUCCAAACCCUGUACAUCAAUGGCAACAAAUUCACGAAUCUGCCGGCCGACAUCUCAAGAGCGAAGAAGCUUGCGGUUCUGGACUGCGGUAAUAACUCGCUCAAGUACAACAUUGCUAAUGUUCCAUAUGAUUGGAACUGGAACCUGAAUCCCAACUUGAGGUAUCUCAACCUUUCGGGAAACAAACGACUCGAGAUCAAACAGACGGCAUGGGGCGGUAUCGAUGGCCCCGGCGCUGUGAAUAGGGAGGAGUACACCGACUUCAACCGACUGACCAACCUGAGGAUACUGGGACUGAUGGAUGUAACUCUGACUCAGCCCAGCAUCCCGGAUCAAAGCGAAGACAGGCGAGUCAGAACAUCUGGCUCGCUGGCAGGCCAUCUGCCAUAUGGUAUGGCCGACACUCUGGGUAAGAACGAGCACCUGUCGACCGUUGACCUUGUCGUUCCGCGCUUCAACUCUUCCGAGACGGAGAUGCUGCUGGGCCUCUUUGACGGCCAGGCAUUGUCAAACAGCGGAUCCAAGAUUGCCAAGUAUCUUCACGAGAAUUUCGGACACAUCUUUGCCCAGGAACUCAAGGCUCUGAAGACGCGCCAAAACGAGACGCCUGUCGACGCGCUCCGAAGGGCAUUUUUGGCCCUGAACAAAGAACUCGUGACGGUUGCCGUCCAGUACUCGGAAGAUAGGAAGAAGAAGUCGCAUCGGGGUGUCUCUCAGCCUGUUAUUCUUAGUAGGGAGGACUUGAACUCUGGAGGAGUCGCCACCGUCCUGUACCUUCAGGGCACGGAGCUAUACGUCGCAAACGUCGGAGAUGUGCAAGCCAUGGUUAUCAAGACCGACAGCAAGCACCACAUCCUGACCCGGAAACACGAUCCCGCAGAGCCCUCGGAACGAUCGAGGAUCCGCGAAGCCGGUGGGUGGGUAUCGCGCAAUGGCCGACUCAACGAUGUGCUGCAGGUCUCACGAGCCUUUGGAUAUGUCGAUAUGAUGCCUGCCGUAAUGGCUGCGCCUCAUGUAACCAACAUGACCAUCCGAGAGAACGACGACAUCAUCGUCAUGGCUACGAGCGAGCUGUGGGAGUAUCUGCCACCCGGCCUCGUUACUGAUAUCGCGCGAGCUGAGCGCCAGGAUCUCAUGCGUGCCGCCCAGAAGCUCCGCGACAUCGCGAUGGCAUACGGCGCAUCCGGAAAGAUCAUGGUCAUGAUGAUCAGCGUCGUUGACCUGAAGAGGAGAGUGGAGCGGUCUCGCCUCCAUCGUGGCACGAGUAUGUCUCUGUACCCUUCGGGCGUGCCCGCAGAGGCUCCUUAUCUCCUUUCCACGAGGAGGGGACGGAAGGGCAAGGCAGACGUCCUCGACUCUUCCCUCAACCGCCUCGAGGCGGAAAUCCCCGCUCCGACUGGCAACGUCUCCAUUGUCUUUACAGAUAUCAAGAACUCCACGACUCUUUGGGAGAUGUAUCCCAAUGCGAUGCGCUCAGCAAUCAAGCUGCACAACGAGGUCAUGCGGCGACAGCUACGCCGGAUCGGAGGGUACGAGGUCAAGACGGAAGGCGAUGCCUUCAUGGUGUCAUUUCCCACGGCGACUUCGGCUCUCCUCUGGUGCUUCGCGGUUCAGAUGGAACUCCUCGAAGUCCCUUGGCCGUCAGAGGUCCUCAAUUCCAUGUCGUGUCAGCCAAUCCACGACAAGGAAAAUGCGCUCAUCUUCAAGGGCCUGUCUGUUCGCAUGGACCCCGUCACCCGCCGCAUGGACUAUUUUGGGCCCAUGGUCAACAAGGCAUCGCGAAUCUCAGCUGUUGCUGAUGGUGGCCAGAUCACUCGCUGUCUGGAGAACUUCCAGGACACGGACCGAAACGUGUCCACCGGCUCGGAAGCCUCCUUCGACGACGUGUCACUUGCGACUGCCAUACGCAAAGAUCUGCGAUCUCUGACUUCGCAGGGAUUCGAAGGUUUGGAAAACCCGGAGGUGGUCUAUUCGCUGUAUCCGCAUGCCUUGACUGGCCGCAUCGAAUAUCAUCUACAGCAUGAGCGCCAAGAUCUGUUGGCGGACAAGCCGACCUCGGUCAUGGCCGCUGGCGAGCUGCCGUUUGAUCCCGAUAUGAUAUGGUCCUUGUGGCGAGAAGUCAGGGGCCCCGGGCUUCAGCCGCCGGAAACGGAACUCCUGGAGCGCAUGAAGACUCGGGGUGGUGAAGUCACUGAACGCUUCUUGAUCAACUUUAUGGAACAUCAAGUGAGCCGGAUAGAGACUUGUGUGUCGACCCUGACGAUGCGCCAUCUUGCUAUUGGAGGCGGCGCCCUCCGAGAGCUGAACCAGCUUCGUGCUCCCAUGGCUGCGGUAUUCGACUAUUUCCUGAAACAGAAGGAGGAGCUGGACCGCUACAAGCAGAAGUAUGGCGAGCUCGACGACACUGAAACCAGCAGCAACGGGGAGACUGAGAACGGUGUCGAAUAUGACGACGAGCUGGAAGUCGAGGAGGUGGUGGAGGAUGGAAGCGAAACUGAGCACGAGUAAGCAGAUGAAUGCCUUGCCUUAUAUUAUUGGGGAAACGGACGUGUGUUUCGAUGCGCGCGCUUAGGAAGCAGCUGCUGUGUGUUUUUUUACUAUAUUACUAUACCUCUUACAUAUAUUGUUAUGAGUCAUUUGUAUAACC